AUGAUUGUCAGCAAAAAUCCUGUUAAUCCAGACAACCCAACCAUAGGCAAUGAAAGCGAAACACACGAAGAUGAUAACGUGACAGAAGAAAUUGACUUUGAUGAUAUAAAAGACGAAGAUGAAUCAGAGAUUAAACAUGAAGAAUCAUCUGAUGGGGUAGAUUACAUUAAAAAAUACAAAUCGAAUCAAAGACACUUAGAUACAAUUGUCAAAUACUUAAUAAUCAUUGGAAUAAUCAUUAGAAUUUUAUUUUUUUUAAUGCCAAAGUUCAAAAGACGUGUUGUUGACACUCCAAUCCAUCAGACUUCGAUGAAAUCAUUUUUGAAAGAUACAUUUACAUUACUUAAUGAACCUUUGAAAAAUAAAAAUGAAAUCAUGGAGCAAUAUAAUCAAAUUGUGGAAUUUCUGCGUGAUAACUCCACACGCGAAUCAAUAAUAGAUGAAAUCAAUCGGACAAAUCUAGUUGAACGUUCGAAAAAAGUAAUUUUAGAAUUAUCAGAAUACUGUGAAAACAAUAACAAUCAAUUGAUCAUAUUUAUCAUGAUAUCAGCACUCACAGAGCUUAGAAAAUACAAUUAUCCAGUAACAGCAGAUAAAACAUAUUUAUUCAGACUUAUUGAUAGAUGCAUGGAAGCAUCAACAUUAAUGAGUACAUUAUUCAACUUUAUUAACACAUUUGCAGAUAAAAACGAACUAUAUAAUGGAUUUUUCAAGGAUUUAAGCAAACAUUACGCUGACUUUAAGCAAAGACCAUAUAUGUUAUCACCUGUUGAAUUUAUUUAUAAUCUUGUUCACUUUAGAAAAUUGAAUGAAAGUGAUUAUCAGCAUGUUUGCAAUUUUCUCUCGGAAUCAGAUCUUCAAAAUAUGCAAAAGUUUGAAAUAUAUUCAUUUUGCCAUAUUUUUAAUAGAUUAUCAUGCUCUGAUCGUGAUGCAAUAUUGAAUUCAAAUGAAUGUCAAAAAAAUAACUUCUAA